AUGUCACUCGUGCAAUACUCCGAUUCGGAAUCCGACGAGAACGACAACAGCCCUCGACGAGAUACCCAUCCAACAGUGACAAAACUCUCAAAGCGGCCCCAGAAACUACAGCACACUGAUAGGAACAACGACAGGAGUAGCAACGGUGAUGGAAACAGCGGGAAUACCACUUUACCCCCAUUGCCCUCCGAAUUUUUGGAUCUCUAUGCAACCAAUUCGCGACUUAGUGUCCAGGACGACCCCAGUCUCCAUCACGGACGCAAGAGAAUUAUGCCGCAUGUUGCUGGAAACUGGCCUACCCAUAUUUAUCUCGAAUCUCGGUGUGAUCAGAAACUCCAGUCGACAAUCCAUGGCUUGCUGCACACCGAUCUUGGUGCCCAAGUACAGCUGCAUAUUAGCCUGUCACGUCCCGUUAUGCUUCUCACGGAAGACAGACAACCUUUUAGAGACUUGCUCACCGAUGCACUGCGUGAAUCUGAUAUUCGUCCGUUUCAUGUGAAACCGGUUGGGUUAGACUGGGUGUCAAACUUUGAGGAGACGCGGUGGUUUCUUGUGUUGCGGGUUACAAAACCGACAAAUAACGAGCUGAAUCGCCUGUUGGCCAUCUCGAACAAGUCUUUGGCCGCCUUCCAGCAACCACCGCUUUAUCAUGAUGAAGCCCUAGUAAACACGCAGACGAAGAAACACGAUACUGAAAAGUCCACGGGGCCGAGGUCAACUUCUUCUCUAGCCGUAGCAGAUUAUUCUGAUUACUUCCAUGUAUCUAUCGCAUGGAGCCUUGCAGAACCGUCACUGGAAGAUAAGGAGCGGGUUGCGUCGGUGGAGCUGCACAAAGUUAAGGAAAUCGAAAUCCCCUUUACCAGUGUGAAGCUCAGAAUUGGUAAUAUCAUCCACAAUCUCGAGCUUCCAACUCUGGUUCUCGAUGAAGGCUAUUGA